UUGGGGAUAUCAUUUUCUGGUCGACGUUAUUCUCUUCGGUUGUUGCCUUCUACUACGCUCACAAAGCAAUUGUUCGACCGGAGGAGAUCAAUUACAUUCCCUACAUAUGGUCCUUUUUUGAAAGUGCAACUCUUCCCUAUUCUGUUCACAAUCAUCGAUACACUUCUCGCCAUCUUUAGGGUACCGCCUUACGUGGCUUUGGGGGCGACAGCAAUCAUACGACUGGCAGCAUGCCUUGUUGCCUUCACGCUCUGCACGCAGGUCCUCGCAUCAUUGAUAGUUUUCUGCCGUCGUCGAGAUGACUACACAAAAUCUUCGCCCUACGAUCAGGUUCGCUAUGGCAAACGAAGGCUGUUCUCGUUCAUACUUUUUCAAAUCGUCGUUCAAUCGUUCGCUGUACCAUAUCUAAUUUGGGCCGCUGUAUCGUUGUCGCAAGACUUCCUCAUCACGUUCAACUUCUCCAAGGAAGACGAGCUGAGACUUCCAUUGAAUGCAGCCGGUGAUUUCUACGUGGAGCAUCUGAGAAUAUUCUUGAUUCGACCGUUGGUUGUCCUCGUAGCGAUUCUCGUAUUUAUCGCGCCAUAUCGCAAGAAGUUCAUUCGAUUCUUCUGUCCGUGCUGUCGCAGAAAU